AGCCUGUCCCGGUAAGGGGAGGAGAGAACAGGGAGCAGAGGCGGUACUUUCUCCGCUGCUCGUUUCUCGGCGCUGGAGAUUGUGGGACCAGGGCUGGAGAGACCGCCGGGGAGCAUCACAGAUCCAGUCCAGCACGGAGCCUCGCCUGGCCGACCCCUGCGCCGUGCACUCUUCUUGGGGACUGCACAACAUUCCUGUGAAAUAUAACUGCUUUUAAUGGCAUGUGGCUUGUAACUUUACUUCUGCUGUAUUCUUUGCAAGAAGUCAACAGUGAGGAUGUUGUCUCUACACGGCUGUACUUUGUGAACGCCUCCCUGCAGCGGGUGACCUUCUCCAGCUCGGUGGGGGUGUCCCUGCCCUGCCCUGCGGGCGGCGCCCCCCAUGCCGUCCUGCGCUGGUACCUGGCCGCCGGAGACGACAUUUACGACGUGCCCCAUAUCCGCCACGUGCAUGCCAACGGCACCCUCCAGCUCUACCCCUUCUCUCCCUCUGCCUAUAACAGCAUUAUCCAUGACAAUGAGUACUUCUGCACUGCUGAGAACCAGGCAGGCAAGAUUCGAAGCCCCAGCAUUCACAUCAAAGCAGUGUUCAGGGAGCCCUACACAGUCCGUGUGGCCGACCAGCGCUCCAUGCGAGGUAAUGUUGCUGUGUUCAAGUGCCUCAUCCCCUCAGCUGUCCAGGAGUACGUCAGUGUCGUGUCCUGGGAGAAAGACACAGUCUCAAUUGUCCCAGCCAUGUCUCUUCCUCUAAUUGAUGGUUUGCUGGUGUUGCCGUCGCACCCAAGGGAGGAAGAGGAGGCCAGGGACUCUAAUGCUGCUGUGUCCUCCCAUUAA